AUGAUCUACCGACUGCUGUUCCUCUAUUUUUCCGUCGUCCACGCCGAAUUGGAAAUGGUCCAGGUCUUGGUGAGGUGAGCGCGAAUUUGAGAACUUUUUUUGAGCCAGAAUUCACGCAUUUGCACAAAAUCGCAGUUUUUUCUUACAGGCACGGAGACCGGGCUCCAUCCUUCACGUAUCCGAUGGAUGAAUCGUUCCACGUGUCGCAACACUUUCCACGUGGCUUCUCGCAACUGACUCGACGGGGAUUCGAGCAGGCGCGCGAGCUCGGACACUUUCUGCGCACGGAAUACUCGCGGCUCGCCGAGCACUUUGACCGUCGCCACGUGCUCAUUCGGUCGAGCGACAAGGACCGUUGCAUCGAGACGGCGACGGGCCUCGUGCAGACACUCUUCCCCGGCGACAUUGUGCCCGUUCACACCUUCUCCCACUACAAACACGAUCUGGUAAGGCUUCUUUUGUUUUGAGCUAUCGUAACUGCCAAAUUUUGAUAUUUUGUGACGGUUUGACAGUCAAUCGAAAGAGAAUUUUAUGCGCUACAACUUCAUAGUUGAUCGUUUCUUAUCAAUUUGACUGACCGCUCUGAAGUGUGCUUUGGAGUCGAAAUUUCAUGAUUUCUUGACUGAAUUGUGUAAAAUGACAAACUACAUGGUUUUUGAAUCAUCAAAAAACCUUGAAAACCAACACAAAGACCAAGUUCCAAUUGUUCAGCUGCUCAAACCGAACAGUGUGGCGUGCCGUCGUGCCGAUCAGCUCGUGCGCGCCGAUAAGAAACGUCUGGCGGAGACGGUCGAUAUGGCGCAUCGGCCGCUUUUUGAGUUGCUCUCCCGGAAGACGGGCUGGACGGUCUCAUCGGCGAACGUCGCCGACGUGUUCAACGUGCUGCAUCGAAAAGACGCGAACGGGAUCCCGCAGGCUGCGUGGGUGUACGACGUGCUUCGCAAUGUGACGGAACUGAAGAGGGUGUUCCGCACGACGGAGUUCAAUUCGGACGAGAAGGCCCGCCUCAGGACCGGCUACCUUUUGGGCCAGAUGACGAAAGAAAUGAAUGGAGACGUGGCAGAGGAGAGGAAGAAGAUGAUAGUGUACGCGACGCACGACGCCACGAUCACCUCGAUGCUCUACAGUUUGGGAGUGUCCGACCAUCAGCUGGUGCCCUACGCGGCCGCGUUGAUCAUGGAACUGCACAAUAUCGGACAGAAGAAAUAUGUUAAGGUGAGAGGGGGACUAGAUCAACUACAGUAUCCGUUCAAAGUUCACCCGAUAUUGUACAAGCCACAAUCUUGCAGAUCCUCUACCGUAACUCGACGACGACUCGCCCGCACGCCCUCCGACUGCCCAAUUGCGGACUCCUCUGUCCGUUGGCCUCUUUCAAUCGCCACGUGGCAGGCAGAACGGUGGCGAGCAAGCAGCAACACGAGCUUCUCUGCCAAAACAACCACGACGAUUCGAUCUCAUUGCCGCCAGAAGACGUCCGAUCGGAAGAGGACCACGAGUCCCUUUUCUCGGCAAUUAUCACUUUCGCAUCUCUCUCCUUCUUCGAUCUCUUCUCUUAUGUAAAAACGAAAUGA